GAGAAGAAAAAAACUAAAAUGGCUCAUGCGAUAGCAUCAGAGCUAGAUGGUUCAAAUAGCAAUAUACAAGAGACGAAUAAAUCGUUAGCUGAGAUGUCACUCGGUCCUGUAGAGCCUUCAUUCAAAUCAGCAGAUGAGAGGGAGAUACAAUCAAAGUCUAAACCUAACAAUGAUAGUCAGUUUUUAAUUGAAAGAGAUGAUCAAAAUGAUCAAUUUGAGUUCCCAGAUCUACAAGAUGAUUCUGAUAGAGAUAACGAAGAUGACCUUACAAGUAUGCGCUCAGGAUUACCUCUAGCUGAUGCUUCCAACUCUCAAUUACUAUCUAAAUCUACUUCAUCGAUAAAAUCUAAAUCUAAUAGGAGAGAUAGUAGCGGUGGUGGUGGUAAACCUAUGACACUAAAGGAGCAAGAGGAGACGAUUGAUCAAGCUAAACGUGAAAAUUGGUCAUUGAAGUUAAAGAUUGUCUUACUUGAGAACAGAUUGAAUGAGGUAGCACCUGAGCAAAUAAAUGACGCCUUAAAGGAGAACAUUCAGCUCAAAAUUGAUUCUCAAAACAUGAGAAUGGACUUAAAGCGUAAUCGUACAUUAGCUCUAAAGUUAGAGAAAGCGAUUGAGACACUAAAGAGUGAAAAUAAAAAGCAGAAGACGAUAAUUGAAUCCAAUCAGCGUAGUAAAAGUUCUUCACUUGGUGAUGUCGAUGAACGUCUUCGAAAUGCAGAAGAAAAUGAACACGAGGUUAGAACGUUACUCGGAAUGGCUAAUGAGCGUGAAAGAGAACUUAAAGAGCAUAUACAUACUCUGGAAAGUCAAGUUGAUAAUCUGAAUACUAGUGAAACUCAUGGUUGGAGUAAUGAAGAAGACGCAAGAGCUGAAAUUAGUAGAUUACGUGAUGAAGUAUUAGCAGAGCGUGAUGCAAAGGAAGACAUAAUAGCCAGUAGAGUUGAAAUUGAGAAUCAAUUGAUUGAAACAACUGAAGAAAUUGAAAGACUUCGUCUUGAAGCUGACGCUAAUGAGGAAAACUCAACCGAUCUGGAUGCUGGUGUAUCCCUGAGGCGGAACAGACACAAACGAGUUAAGCAAUUUGAUGAUCUAGAGAAAGAGAAAAUCUCGUUGGAGACUCAAGUCCAAGCCCAACUACAAUUGAUUGAGAGUAGAGACCAUGAAAUUGAAGAAUUGUAUGCCCACGUUGAAAGGCUAGAAAGUCAUAUUGAAAACAAUACCAACCUUAGAAACUCUAUAGGUAAAGGAGAUCAAGAUCCAAGACUUAUGGAUGAACUAGAAAGGUUGGAUAUCGAAUGUAGUGACUUACGAGAUAGGUUAUCAGAAGCACAUGUAGAGUUGGACAGAAAGGAAGCUGAAAUUGAAACAUUCUUACGUGACCAGGAAGAAAGAUUUGCAGGCUAUAUAAAUGAAUACGAUCGUGAACGUAGAUCUGAAAAGGAAGAAUUACACGCUUCACAAAUGAAGAUUGAGGAAUACGAAGCAAAGAUACAGGUAUAUGAAGAAUCACAGGAAAAUAUACAACAAGAAAUUGAGCAAUAUCUUGAAAAGAUUCAAAGUGAUUUGAAUGAACGCAAUGAUGAGUUAUUGGGUGCAAAUGAUGAGAUUCGUAGGAUAAGUGAACAGAAUAUUCAAUUAGAGAACGAAUUAGAUGUUGUUUGCGCACGCUUUGAAGCACUUGAAAGUGAUCUAUUAGAAAUGCAACAAAGAUUAGAUCAGGAGCAAGAUAUACAAGAACAGGUGACACUCUCAUUGAAAGAAAAGAUCGAAAAUUCUUCAAAUCAAAAACGUGAACUAGAAAAAGCGAUCGAGAGACAAAUGACUGAGCUCCGUCAAACCAGAGAAGUGAGCGAUGAUCUUGCCUUGAGGUUGGCAGAGAGAGAAGAGCAAUCACGUCAAGAAUAUGAACAACUUCGUCAGUUAGAACAUGACUAUGACGUUCUUGCUAGUUCAAUGAAAGAAGAAAAAGAUGGUAGAGAGCGUGACAGAAUAUUCUAUGGACGUGAAAAGCGUGAUAUUGAAAUGGAGAAUGAGCGCACACUUGAACAUAAGACCACGAUUUGCCAAGAAUAUCAAACUGAAGUUCAUCAAUUGAGAUCACAAUUAAGUGUACGUGAAGAAGAUUAUCAGAAAUUGCAACAAAGAAUGAGAAAGAUGGUUAGUGAACAUCAAGAACUUGGUGAUCAUCACACAAAUGAUAGGGCAACUAUGGAGAUGGAAAUAGAAAGACUUGAACGUGAUGCAGAGAAAUACUUAGCUGAUAUUAAUCAAUUGAGAGCUGAAUUAGAGAGAAAAGAUAGUAUCUUAGAAAAGAGAAACAUGUCUCUGAAUGAAGCCAACAACGAAAAUAGAGAGUUGAGCUAUCAAUUGAAAGCAGAGCUACAAACAAAUGAAUAUAACAUUGAGAGAUUACAUACAUCACAACAACAAUACCAAGAUGCAUUGGAGGAGGUUACUAGAUUAAAAGACCGCCUUAAAGAGAUGGACUCACGACUAAUGCGUGAAGAAAAGGGUGUUACCAUGUCAGAAUCUCAAUAUAAACAACAGGUAACAGAAAGAAAUACCUUACUGUUAACAAUAUACCAAUAUAUGGAGAAAUUAGUCGGACCUACGCAUGGUCAAGAUAGAAGAGACAGUAGUGCUAGACCGUACAACAAUUUCAAUCAAUUCCAUGAGAACUUAAUCACAAAGAUGAGGGUUAUUAGUUCAUUGGAGAUGAAGUUCGAUAAGAGAGCUAAAGAGAUUGAAACUAACUGGAUGACGAAGUUCGCAAGCUUGAGGAAGCAAGUUGAAGGGAAGUGGAAACAGAUCGACGGACUUGAAUCGUCUGUUAAGAGCGCAUCAGAAGUUCAUAAACAGUGGAGAAUGAAAUCAAAUGAGAAGACUAAUGCAAAAUCCAGGGCUGGUCAAAGCAGCAAUGACUCGACAGAAAUUA